GCCCCGGUGGCCUCCCGGGGGGCGGGCGCCGCCGCUGUGUCAGCGCGGCCUCGGGCGCGGGGUGGCGGCUCCGGCCCCGCAGAGCCGCGGCCGGUCCCGUCAGGGCUGGAAGGCGCCUCCGUUAGCGGCGCUUCGGCCUGUUUUGCCCGUUUGCGUGGUGGCGGGUUCGCUGCCGGCGCCGUGCGGCUGCUGCUCGUUCCGUGUGCGGGUGUGAGCGGGGACAGGGAGAGAACGCGAGAAUGAAUGGAGCAGCCGCGGUUCGGGGAGGGCAGCCGGUGGUUCGGGGGGAGCCGCAGCAGGAGCCGGUUAUGGAGACUGGAAUUCCGGGACAAACAGAGGUUAUGAGGGAUACAGUUACAGCUAUGGCUACAGCCAGGAUAACUCUGGGAAUUACGGCUAUGGAAUGGCCACUUCCAACUCCUGGGAAAUGGCCAACUCGGACGUGGACAUGAACCCCGAUGGCUCCAGUGGUGCUGAGGGUGUCCUCGGGAAGAUGAACCAGCGCUUGGACAUGGUGUCCCACAUGGAUACGGACACGAUGCAGGGAGGACACUAUGGAUCUGGGGACAGGUACGACUCGUACGAAUCCUACGACUCGAGGUCCUCCCUGAACGACCGCGACAUGUUUCGCCCCAGCUACGACUACGGCGAGGCCGAGCACGACAACGACAGCUCCUACGAGGGUCCCUACGACAACUUCUACGGGAAUCGGCGGGAUCAGUUCCAGGGCAGAGCUCGGGAUAACUUUGGGCAGCGGGGCCAGAACUGGGGGCGGGACAACCGCAACAACAGGCCCUUGGCAUCGGCUUAUCCCGGGCGGAUGAGCGGCCAGUGGAACGAGGCUGCGCAGUCAAUGGGAUCCCGGGGUCCCCACGGCUCCUCCAGGCUUCCUUCCCUCUUCUCCCACAACAUUAUCCCAGAACUCAGCAUGUUCCAAGGGAUGCGAGGCUUCCCGGGGAACAUGCGCUAUGGAGGGGGGAUGAUGAAGCAGCGGAUGAGGAGGAACUGGAAAAUGUGGGAUUCGGAUUUUAAACCCCAGAAGAAGAAGCUCAAGAAGGAUCCCAGCACGAAGAAGCGGAAGCUCACGAACAGCUCCGAUGAUCCCGACAGCAAAGCGGCCAAGACGGACGGCUCCGAGAACUCCGACUCGGACAACGAGGAGGGAACAGAAGGAGAAUCAGGAGAGAAGGAGGAGAAGGAGGGCUCCAGAGGGGAAGGGGAAGAUGAAGAAGGGAAAGAUUCAGAGAAAGGUGCUCUCACAAUCCAGGAGGAGAUCAGUCAGAUCAAGCGCAGGUUGCAGGCGGGCAAGAGAACUCCAGAGAGGCAGAAGAAGAGGCACCGGGAUCGCAUGGUGGAAAGGAUUCAGUUUGUUUGUUCACUGUGCAAAUAUCGGACCUUCUACGACGACGAGAUGAGCAGUCACCUGGAGAGCAAAUUCCAUAAGGAACACUUCAAGUUCGUUGGAACCAAGUUGCCUCAACAAACAGCUGAUUUCCUGCAGGAAUAUGUUGCCAAUAAAACAAGGAAAACUGAGGAGCGCCGUAAAGCGAUCGAAGACAUUAACGCGGUCAUUCAGCAGAUAUACAGGGAUCAGGAUCUUACACAAGAUGUUGGCAUGGAGCAUUUCAUCAAGAAGGUGGAGGCAGCUCAUUGUGCUGCCUGUGACCUCUUCAUCCCCAUGCAGUACGGCAUCAUCCAGAAACACUUGAAGUCACUCGACCACAACCACAACCGCAGGGCCAUGAUGGAGCAAUCCAAGAAAUCCUCACUAGUGGUUGCAAGGAGUAUUCUCAACAACAAGCUCAUCAGUAAGAAACUGGAGCGGUACCUCAAGGGUGAGAAUCCUUUCACGGAUGACCCAGAAGAGAAAGAGGAGCAUGAGGAAGGAGAAGGAGGAGCCAGUGGAAAUGCCGAGGAAGGAACAGCAGAAGGAGCAGACGAAAACAAGGACGAGGAGGAAAAUGCAGAGGAGGAAAAUCCAGAAGAGGAAAACCCCGAAGAAAACGCAGAGGAAGAAAAUCUGGAAGAGGAGAAUCCAGAGGAGGGAAAUCUAGAGGAGGAAAACAAGGAUCCCAAAGAGAACGUAGAAGCAGAAGGUGCUGGGAAUGAGGGGGAGCGAGAAGAAACAGGGACAGAGACAAGUGAGGCACAAGCACAAGCAGAGGUGGAGCCGGCUGCAGGGAACGGGGAGCAGCAGAAUUCCCUGCCUCUGGAGGAAUCCCUCCCUGAGGAAGAGGAGCAGCAGCCGGUAGAAGAGGAGGAGGAGGAGAGUGAGGAAGCUGCUGCAGCACAAGAGGAGGAGGAAGAUGGGGAUUAAACUCUGGAGAGGGGAAAUGAUGUGGGAAAGACCUGAUGUAUUUGGGGGUUUUUAAACCAUACCUGUACCUGUGAAUUCCAUAGCACAUGUUCCAAGUUCUCAUCCCACUCACGUAGGCAGUGGAAGCCUUUCCCUGUAAAGUGAUUUGGGGGGGGGAUAGAGGGGUUGUUUUUAACCAAACCUUGAGUUUUAGGCACAUGGGGUUGUGUGGUUUGUAGCUGGCUUGGUCCUUUCGAGCCUGUGUGCAAACCAAUUGCUCCUCCACAACGUGGCAAACGAAACCUCUUCUCAUCUCCUUGAAUUGAAACUCUAUUUAACAACGAUGUGGUUUGUUCCCUUUGUCUGGAAACAUCAGGAAUUCUGUCCUGGGCUUUUAAUUUCUGCCUCUUAACUCCCACGUGGCUGUAAUAUCCCCCCCCCCCCACCCCCCCCCGAUGUUUUAUUGUGCCGAGGAAACUAAGUGGUGUCAACGUUGUGUUGUUUGUAAAACACUUGGAUUUUCAAGGUGAAUGUGGAGAUAAAAGGACUGUCCUGAG